AUGGAUCGCUCGGGCCAUACACUCAUUCCUCCACAUACAAUAGUAUCUAAUAUAUCCGGCGAUACACUGGAUGGUGAGCUCACUGAUCCCAACUCGGAGCCCCUUUCAGAGAGGAAGAAAGAAAGCACCGACGACCUAAGCCAAGUGAGUGGAGAAGAACGGACCAUCCCGAAGCCUCCAUCUCCACCAGAAAAGCCCGAUGGCGGUUUUCUCGCUUGGCUACAGGUCGCAGGAAGUUGGUGUUUAAUGUUCAACUGCUGGGGUAUCGUCAACUCAUAUGGCGUUUUCCAAACAUACUACGAAAACGAGGCACUACCAACCCGUUCAUCAUCCGACAUCGCCUGGAUAGGCUCACUACAAGCAUUCCUACUACUUUUCAUCGGAGCCAUUACUGGACCGCUCUACGACUAUGGAUAUUUUCGACAUUUGUUAGGAGCUGGAACGUUCCUGACGGUCUUUGGUAUGAUGAUGGUUAGUAUAUGCAGUGAGUUCUGGCAUUUUGUCCUAGCUCAGGGAAUCGUUGUGGGACUCGGUGCGGGAUGUCUAUUUAUACCCAGCGUUGCUGUUCUACCGUUAUAUUUCAGAUCACAUCUGGCAUUUAGUAUCGGUGUUGCGGGGAGUGGGAGUGGUGUUGGAGGAAUUAUAUAUUCGAUUGCGUUUCAACAACUUCAAAGAUCUAUCGGAUUUGGUUGGGCUACGCGUAUCAUGGGAUUCAUUAGUCUGGCUACACUUGUCUUCCCGUUUUUGGUGAUGAGAGUUCCAUCUGCAGUGCCUGGGCAACCUAGGAAAGUGAGGAAGCUUUUCGACUCGUCGACAUUGAAAGAACUUCCGUUUGUUCUGUUCUUGAUUUGGGGAUUCUUUGGUUUUGCGGGUGUUUAUAUGCCGCUUUACUAUGUUGGAUCUUACGCUAUUGAGAAAGAUGUUAUGUCUUCGACAUUAGCAUCUUAUCUUAUACCUAUCCUUAACGCUGGAUCGGUGAUUGGACGCAUUGUUCCAAAUUACGCAGCGGACAAAACCGGCCCAGUAAACAUGUUUAUACCAACCUGCUUCGGUUUAGCCGUAUUAUCCUUCGCGUGGAUCGGCAUCAGUAACACACCGGGUUUAAUAGUCUUCGUGGUUCUAUACGGAAUCUUCAUCGGGACAUACAUGACAUUACCGUUCAGCGCUGUCGUCAAACUAAGUCCUCACCUGGGUGUAACGGGGGUCCGAAUGGGUAUGCUCUGCGUCAUUUGCAGCUUCGGUGUUCUUGUCGGUACUCCCGUUGGCGGUGCUAUACUGCGUCAUGGCGACUGGAUUGGACUCCAGUGCUUUGGGGGAGCAAUGCUUAUGGUUGCGACUAUCUUUAUCUUUGCAACUCGGGUUGCUAAAGUUGGCAUUGAUCCUUCGAAGAUAUUAUAG